AUGGCAACUGUACAGACCCACCCCGAGAUGAGCUUAUCAGCGACUCUGCCCGCUCAGCAAGAACAAUCCGAAUUAGACUUUAUGGCGCUAACCAUGGCAGCGCUUCGUUUUGUAAACCCUUGGACGGUGGACUCCAAGGCAAAACAAUGGCAAGCACAAAUUGUGCCUGGCUCCCCUGAAGCAAAAGAUCGUAUUAUCACUUUGAGUGAAGUAAGCCGACACGACUCGCCGCAAGAUUGUUGGGUAGUCGUAUAUGAUCGAGUCUAUGAUAUUACUACGUUCUUUGAUGAGCACCCCGGUGGAGCCGAUAUCAUGUUUGAGUACGCAGGUGCAGACGCCAGCACUGCUUUCCGAAGUUCAGGGCACUCGCGUAUGGCGAUCAAAGCUUUAGACCGAUUCCUCGUUGGGGAGCUCCCUAUGCAGGAGCGUAUGUACCGACGGCCAGGCGGUAUCAAAUUAAGUGAUAUACCUGAAUAA